UUUGUUCUGCAUUGAUUUUCUAUCCUUUCCCUUCGGUUCGUCGCAGAAAUGGCAACCGUAACGGAAGCUAAUAAUUUCUUCAAUGCAUUACAGCAUGAAGAACUAGUUAAAAAACACCAAGACUUACAAAUAUCAUACGAAGAAGCCACACGAAGGAAUUUAGCACUCGAACAAGAACUUGCCAAAGUCCGUGAACAGCGUGCAAGAGAACAGCAAAUUGUCACUGUCGAUCCCAAUCAAGCACUCCUUCAUGAGCUCCACACAGCCCUUAAAAAUGCACAAAAUGAUGCUCAGAAAUUAAGAGAAAAGAACACAUCACUACGAAUGGACACGAUCGCGGCUACCACCGAUACCGAACGAGUUAACAAUGAAAAUGUGGCGUUAAAGCUUGAAAUCGAGACGUUGAAGACUCAAGUAGCCAUGGCCCGGCGCCGAGAAUCCACAUCCAAAGACGAGCUACUGAAACUUGAACGCAUUUAUAAUGAGUUUCGCGAAAAGAGUGAUGUCGAAGGCAAGGAGUUUCAUCACCGUAAAACGACGUAUCAACGGAUGAUUGACCAAUUGACGCAAGCCAACGAAGAAUUGAAGUUCCAGAUGAGCCAAUACCGUAUCGAUCUCAGCGAUGCUCAAGAUACCAUCAAAAUGAUGGAAUCCAAAUAUCAAAAACUAGAAACCACUUUUACAACCACCAAAACUGCUCACGAACGACUGAUUGAAACCUACGAUCAACAGCAAGCAUAUCAAAAAUUGCAGAUCCAGAGCAUCAAGGGGGACAUGAUGGAAAAACAAACGGCUCUCGAGGCUGCCAAGCAGGAUCUUGAGCAACAGAACGCUUCGUUGGAGACGCAACUGAAAGAAGCCGCGGAACGAUUGCAAAUUGCGCAUCAACAGUUCCUGUCAUCGAUCAAUGGUGACACAAACGGCGCUCAGGCUGAAAGCUCGACUGCAGUUUCUGCGGCGGACAGUGAUGUCUUGGCCAUGAUCGAACAAUAUGAAGCCUCUGGAAAAUCUUGGGUCGAUGUGUAUCCUGAGUUCUUUGAUUUACAAACUUCGUACGUUAAAUUGCGCGCGGAAAAUGAAGACAUGCACAAGGUGUAUCAGCGAUUGGUCCGUGCUCAACAGGAUAAAGAGCAGUAUUAUGAACGCAUGGAGAAAGAAUUCGAGACUCUUCAAAAUCAAUACAAAGUGUGCACCCAACGUCUUGAAAAACAUGAAGCUCUCUACAGUGAAAAUGAAAAGGAGCUUCAAGAGCUUCGCGCCAAUCUAGAAAAUGCCCAUUGUAAGAACCACCAACUGACGGCGUCACUUAAUGAUACCACUUAUCAGCUACGAUAUGUGCUGCGCGAUAUUGAGAGUCGCGACGGUUCAUUCCCUCCUGAAGUGACGAAUGCGGAAGAAUUACUGUCAGCACCGGUGUUUGCACCUACCUUGUCGCAUGAACAAGUCAUUUUCAAAAACGUGACGGAACUGCAACAACGAAACCAGGAAUUGCUCGAUAGUGUGAGGGAUUUAUCUGGAAACUUGCAGAAAAAGUCGCAAGCGCUUGAUAAGCUCCAACAACAGUACGAUCAAGACCACCAAGACUGGGACAUUAAAUUCAAGACCAUUUCAGAGGAAAUGCAAUCUUUGGGAUCACGAUUGAUAGAUGCCAAUCGACAAACCGAAUAUUAUCGAAACGAAGUCCUCACGCUCAAAGAUAGAGUACCAUCAGGCAUACCCGGCGUUGAUGACGUGCUUAAACAUACAGAAAAUGACACGAUUAUCAAGGAAUUGGAAGCGCGUCACAAGAAUUACUGUCAAGAGACUGAACUAUAUAUCCGUCAAAUGGAAGCGGAAUUAACUGAAGCACAAACCAACUUGACGAAAUCAGAACAAGCGUCUGAUCAAUUCCGGGCAGAAAUUUUGGAGUUGAAGCUGGCUUGCCUGGAGCAAAAGAACAACAGCGAUAUGAACAGUCGUAUGGUAGACGACUUGCGUCGACGCAUCAGUACGCUGGAAGACGAAUUGAACUCGCGUGUUGAUUUGUUACAAAAAGCCAACAAUGAAGUGCUAGCAUUGAAGAGUCAUUUGGAUUCCCAAACUAGUCAAAAUACCCUUACCACGGCCGAAUUGAACGCCAAGACAACCGACUAUCAGAAAUUGCUCAAGGAAUACGAGGAGUUGGCGGUAGAACGGGGUCAAUUGAAAGAUCUGAUCAAUCAAGUGCAUUCUGGUACCACGGCUUCGAGCACUUCUUCGAUGAAGUUACUUGAGCAUCUGAAGACGAGAAAUGAGGAACAGAAACGAGAAGUGACGCGUUUGAAGAAUCAGCUGGCGGAAACGCAACAGGAAUUGGACGAAUUCAAGUCGUUUAAUCAACGUUCAUGGCAAGAUAAAUAUGUUGAAACGCAAAAGGAACUGGAAGCGGUGCAAGAGUCGCAGAAAAUUCUCCAAGAGCAAUUGGACAAAGCCAACGAAGAACGUGACACGGCACUGCAACAUGAAGCUUUACUUUCUGGCAAAGUGGUCUUCUCAGCGGAUGCCGUCGAUUGUGAAUCCCAUAAGCAUCAAUUGUUGGUGGCUGAAGCAUUGAUUCAGCAGCUGGAAACACGCGUGGAGAAUUACCAGCGGUUAUUAGAACGUCAUAAUGCCGAGUAUACCAAACUGAGCGAGGAGCAUAGCGAAUCGACGACGCGUAUGAAGGAGUCCAUGACGAAACUGGCGGUAGAGUUGGCGACUCGCGAAGCGCGUAUUGCUGAAAACCAAACCCAGACCGAAAAUGCACUACGAGCCGCCGAAGCGGCAGAGAAAGCGAUCGAAGAAGCCAAGAGCGAAUGGUUGGCAGAGAAACGUACCUUGACGGAAGAUAAGGAAGAUUUAGCGCGCAAAAAUGAAGCUAAGGAAACCGAAUUAGCCACGCUGCGACAGGAAAUUGAACAUCAAAUCAAUCUCGUGCAGGUGGCAGAAGCGAAAUUGCAAGCAGAAUCGGCCGCACGCAGUAAAGAUGCCGAAUGUAUUCAAGGUCUUCGCGAUGAUAUCAAAAAACUGUCGCAAGAUAUUGCCGAGAAAGAAGCCGAUGCGAGACGAUUGCAUGAGCAACUCAAAGACGCCGAAACAUCAUGGUCUCGCCAAAAAGAACAAAUGGAGACCAAUCAAAGUGAAGUUAAGCAAAGUCUGGAGAAAUUAUGGGCUUCGAAUCAAUCGUUAUUCCAGCGUCUUGAAAACGAACUUGCUAAACGAGAGGAGGCGACAACAGCGGACGAUGACAAGGAGAAUCAUAUUAGUAAACUCAAAUCGUUUGCUCCUGACAUACUUCAAGAAUUACGUGAUGUGAAUGCACUCCUCACGCGCGACAAUAUCCAGUGGCGGGCUCGUUACCUUGAGAUCAACAAGCAGUAUGAAGCCAUUCACUUUGAACUCACGUUUGUGGAGAGAAAGUUAAAGUCCACUCGUGCAGCAUUGGAGAAUGCACGAUCCGAGAGCAAUGUCUCGACGGAUCAGCAGAUGAAGGCGAAUAACGAAUUGAUCUUUUACAAGGAAGCCAACAGCCGACAAGAGCAGCGUAUUGCGGAAUUGAACAAACGCAUCGGUGCCUUGGAGCAUGAGAUAUCUGUCAAUAAUGCUGAAUUGGUCCCCAUCUCAGCGAAACUGCGGGCUGUAGAGCAGCAAUUAUUGCAAACCACUGUGGAACGCGAUAAUCUCAGGACCAAUUACGAAACAUAUAAAAAGCAAGCAGAAAUACUGAUGGCGGAACCUGCGGCGAAGGAUUCUGCCGAAGCGGACAAGGUGAAAGAAUUAGAAUCGCAAGUGGCGGAAUUGAAGGAAAAGUUGGAGUUGACGUUGGUUCAGGCCAAGAAGACUGGUCAGUUUGCGCACGCAUACAAAGCACGUUGGAAUGAGCUCAAGACAAAGGUGGCCGAAUUGGAACAAGAGAAAAGCCAAAUGCAAGCGGCACUCCAACAACAACAAUCGGGUCAUGAUGAGACAGAUACUGCCAAAGCAACGACCUCGACGGCUCCGCAAUAAUAAAAGUGGUGGUGUAAUUACAAAAUCAUACAAAUUGUAUCUAUACAUACGGGAAAAUAAAAAUAUGGCAUUACAUGGAGAUGACGACUGUAUAAAAUGGAUCCACACCACACAGUGCUGAGAGAUGGGGGCAAUUGACCUUGUCAAUGUUGGUUUGGCUCUCAUGCAAGGUUUAUUUGAACCCACCACCCAUCAACCUAUUCUUUGCAAAUACACAAA